UCCAAAUCAUUUUGUAUAACUCCCUCAAAAAAAAACUAUUAAUUUAAUAGUAGUCUGUUCCUCUUUAGAGUAUUACUUCAACAACUCUGAGCUUAUAAAUCAAAUGCAUCACAAUCUCACAAUCUGCAAACCUCCUGCUCUUCAUCAGCCAUCAAACCUCUGACCAAAUCUCUUGUAAACUUCAAAAUUAACCCAAAAAAAUGAAUCCAAAUGAGCCACACAACGAUCAGGAAAUAAUUGUCCAUGAUGAGGAAGUUGAACAGCUCAAGCAAGGUCUUCCGAAGACAAUGUUCUUAAACAAAAUUGAACUCCUAAAAUACCAAGGCUUUUGGUAUCUUAUUGAUACUAAUAUGUUGAAGAGUAUUCUAAUGUUUCAAAGGCACUUCCAGGCUAGAGAUACUGAUCUCAUUGUUGCGAGCUUCCCAAAAACAGGCACCACAUGGUUGAAAUCUAUACUCUAUAGUGUUGUAAAUCGUUUCAAGCACCCUAUUAAGCAAAGUCCUUUGUUUAGUAACCAUCCACAUGAGCUUGUAUGUCGCCUAGAGUAUGAUAUCUAUGGAGAUGCAUUUGAGUACCCUCGCCCGCAUCAUCUUAAUGAGCUCCCUUCUCCUAGACUUUUUCACACCCACUUGCCCUACAUGACCCUUCCGGAAUCUAUCAAGGUUUCUGGUUGUCGGAUUUUGUACAUUACUCGCAAUCCAUUGGACACACUUGUGUCAAUGAUGUACUUUGCAAUGAAGCCACUAAAGGAACUAGCAGGAGAAGAUGUCGAGUUGCCUAGUAUUGAGGAUUACUUUGAGGAUUUCUGUGAAGGGAAAUUUAUUAACGGUCCUUUUUUUGAGCAUGUAAUCGAAUAUUGGAAACAGAGUUUAGAACAGCCGAAGAAGGUGUUAUUUCUCAAAUAUGAGGAUUUAAAGAAGGAUCCCAUAUUACACCUAAAGAGAGUUGGUGAAUUUGUAGGCAUGCCAUUUACUGAAAGUGAGGAACGUGAAGGUGUCAUAAAAGAAAUAAUAGAGUUUUGUAGCAUCAACAAUCUCAAAGAAUUGGAAGGAAACAAAAGUGGAGUCAUCAAUAAAAUUUAUGAUAAAAAAAGUUAUUUUAGAAAAGGAGAGGUGGGAGAUUGGACUAAUCAUAAUAUCACACCUGCCAUGGUGGAAAAGAUGAAGAAGUUGAUGCAAGAAAAACUUGAAGGCACCGGAUUAUCAUUUGAACUACUGCCUCACUAAUCAUAUCACAACGAUUGAUCUGUGUAAGAGUUGAGCCUUUAUGUUUUAAUUUCUUCUCUUUUGUUACCUGUUGAUGGAAACAAAAGUUAUCUACUUCUUUUUUUUAUUUUUUUGAUAUCGUGUCUAAUGUUGUACUGUCUUCACUCUUCAUGUAUGAUCUUUAAUCAAAAAUCAAUAUAAUUUGUUAUGUUUUAUGUUCCA